AUGGCUUUAAAAUAUGGGAACCAUGCUGUGUUCAAAGUAAAUUAUGAGCAGAAAAUUUCGAGAUUUAUUAUCUAUCAAUUUUUCACGCAGCUCGAAGUUAUUCUGACAGAUUUGAGCGCGAAAUUUCCCAGCUUAAAAUAUGUUGUACGACCGGAGUACGCGCCAUAUUUGAAUACAGCUGGUACAGUGUUGCUGGGUUGGCUGAUAGUGUCUUGGAUUUCUUACCUUAUCUGGGCGUUCCUCGCGCCCCUGAUGAUCGCUGUCAUCGCCAUAAUCCUGAUUUGCCCGACGACGGCGAAGUGGUGCAUCAAACAAACCGUCCCCGGCAUGGAAACCGUUUUCAACGAGUUCUUGGAAAUGUUCCAGACCAUUUUGUCGCAAAUACGCGACUGA